UGAAGCAGCUCUGAAGAUUGCCCUCCAUAUUUUAAGGAAAAUGAACAAGGAUGAACAUGCUCGCGCACUUGAGCAAAGUCAUUAUGGAGAACUCAGAAUGUAUCAACAGAAACUAAAAUCUUCUGUGAAGAAGAAAAAUGAGAACUUGUUGGAAGGGAUAAGUGCAGAGCAAUGGCCUGUGCCUCUCAAAAAGAUUUACACAAAGAUCUACCUGAGAGAGGGGGACAGUGGAGGGGUCAACAAUGAACAUGAAGUGAGACAAAUUGAGACGGCGUUCAACAGACGGAAAUAUUUGGAAAGUAUGAUCACAUGUGAGGAUAUCUUCAAGCCUUUACCCAAACAAGACAAACCAAUCAGAACGGUGCUCACCAUGGGGAUAGCAGGCAUCGGCAAAACAGUGCUGACUCAGAAGUUCAUGCUGGACUGGUCAGAGGGGAAGGCCAAUCAAGACAUCCAGCUGCUGUUUUCAGUUCCUUUUAGGGAGUUGAAUUUGUUAAAAAAUAAAAAACAAAGCUUGAUGGAGCUCCUGUGUAACUUCUCUCCAGACCUGAAAGAGUCUGGAUUCAAAGACCUGAAAAUGCACAAAGUUCUGUUCAUAUUGGAUGGUCUCGACGAGUGCAGACCCCCUCUGGAUUUCAAGGGAAAUGAGAGAUGUUGUGAUGCUACACAAGCAGCCUCAGUAGAUGCUCUGCUGACAAACCUAAUGGCAGGUAACCUGCUACCAGAAGCCAGUCUGUGGAUAACUACCCGACCUGCUGCUGCCAGCUGCAUCCCUCCACAGUAUGUUGACCGGGUGACUGAGAUACGAGGCUUCAACAACCUACAGAAGGAGCAGUACUUCCACAAGAAAAUUGAAGAUGAAAACUUGGCCAAAAGAGUAAUUGCAAACAUAAGGUCAGCAAGAAGUCUCUACAUCAUGUGCCACGUGCCGGUGUUUUGUUGGAUUUCUUCUAUCGUCCUGGGAAACAUGUGUGCCAAAGCAGGAGGAGGAAAAAUGCCGAAGACUUUGACUCAGAUGUACAUCCACUUUCUGGCUCAUCAGACCACAAAGAAGCAUGUCAAGUAUGGAGGGGAGCAAGAACUGGACUCCCAGGGGAAUAACAAGGUGAUCAUGUCACUUGGGAAGUUGGCCUUCCAGCAGCUGGUGAAAGGCAACCUGAUCUUCUAUGAGGAGGAUCUCAGAGACUGUGGUAUUGAUGUCAAAGAAGCAUCUGUGUACUCAGGAGUGUUCACUCAAGUCUUCAGGGAAGAGUUCUGCAUGCAGCAAAAAGUCUUCUGCUUUGUACAUUUGUCAGUUCAAGAGUUUCUCGCAGCUUUGUAUGUCCAUGUGAUGUAUAAGGUGUCCGCUGAAAACCUGAUGAUUGGAUCUAAACAGAUGACCCAAACAACACCUGUAUCUGAACUGCACAAAGCUGCAGUGGACAGAGCUUUACAAAGCAACAACGGCCACCUCGAUCUUUUCCUGCGUUUCCUCCUCGGACUCUCUCUGGAUUCCAGUCAAGCUCUGCUCAGAGGCCUGAAGAUACAGGUAGAAACCUGCAGCUCUCAAAGUCAUGAAGAAACCAUCAAGUACAUCAAGGAGAGAAUCAGUCAGACUUGUCAUCCAGAGAAGUACAUCAAUCUCUUCCACUGUCUGAAUGAGCUGAACGACCACUCUCUGGUGGAGGAGAUCCAGAGCUACAUGGAGUCAGACCAAGACUCAGUGAUGGACGAGUGCUCUGCAGCUCAGUGGGCAGCUCUGGUCUUUGUGUUGCUGACCUCGCCAGAGAAGCCAGAGGAAAUCCAGCUCAAGAAAUACUGCAGGACAGAAGAAGGCCUUCAGAAGCUCCUACCAGCCAUCAAAGCAUCCAAAUCAGCAAUGUUGAAUGAUUGUAAUCUCACUGCAGACUGCUGUAAGGAGCUGUCCUCCACUCUCAGCUCAAACUCUAAUGAGCUGAAUCAUUUAAACCUCAGUGACAACAACUUACAAGACUCAGGAAUUAAACUUCUCUGCACCGGACUCAAGAGCCGACACUGCAGACUGAAGACGCUGAGGCUGAACCGAUGCAGUCUCACCCAGAGAUGCUGUGAGGACCUGGCUUCAGUCCUGAGUACUUCAUCACCUCUCAGAGAGCUCGACCUGAGUGACAACGACAUCAGAGACUCAGGAGUUCAGCUGCUCUGCAAGGGACUGGGAAAUGUGGGCUGUAAACUGGAAACCAUCAGGUUGUCGUUCUGUAGCAUCACAGAGAAAGGUUGUGGUUUCUUGGCCUCAGCUGUGAAGUCCAACCCGUCCCACCUGGGAGAGCUGGACUUGAGCUACAAUCACCUUGGAGAAAGUGGAGUUAAGCUCAUCUCUGAAGCUCUGGAGGAAGGACAAUGUGAAUUUACUAAACUCAGAGUCGACCACAAUGCAGAACACUGGUUUACACCAGGACUGAGAAAAUAUGCAUGUGAGCUCACAGUGGAUACAAACACACUCCACAAACUCCUCAUCCUCUCUGACGGGAACCGAAAAGUUAGUCAGGCCCAAGAGAAGCAGCCGUAUCCCGACCACCCAGACAGGUUCAACUACUGGACCCAAGUCCUGUUCCAACAGGGCCUGAUAUGCCGCUGCUACUGGGAGGUGGAGUGGGAGGGAAGCUGGGCAGGGAUGGGAGUUACCUACAAGGAAAUCUGUCGCAAAGGUCAUGACCAAGACUGUGUGAUGGGAUACAAUGAGAUAUCAUGGGGUCUGCACUGCUCUCUUCAUGGCUACCAAGUGUAUCAUAACUACAAGAGCAUCGUCCUUCAUGUCCCUCUGGCUGGUUCUCACAGACUGGCGGUGUAUCUGGACUGGGAGGCUGGCAUCCUGUCCUUCUACAGAGUGUCUACUGGAGGAUCACUGACACACCUGCACACCUUCCACACCAAAUUCACCGAACCGCUCUACCCAGUAUUUAAAGUUUGGGGUAAGGGCUCUUCAAUGAGGCUUGUUGGGUGA